GGCCGGGUAAGGUCGUGCGUACGCUGCUAGGUACGAAUAUUUUAUUCGCGAAUUGCGCGGCUAAGCCGCUGCCCGUGUUUGCAACUAUGAGUUCUCAACCACUCAUAGUUAACGAAGUGCUAGCAUUUAUACAAUAUUUCAUCCACUGCAUGGAAGAUGACAGCAUCGUCCAGGUCUGUAGGAGAAACUUUGACAAAUCUGAGAUAAGCAAUGCAAGGUUGCAGCUGUACCAGAUUCUCAACAAGGUUGACCAGGUGCCAUCUCGCCGUGAAGAUAGCACUCAGAAUAUUUGUCAGGAUAUUUUUACCCUGAUGAGGGAGACUGGCCGGAAUGCCUUGCCCAAUUUCGUAGUGAAGGAUGUGUUUAAAUUGGUAGCUAUUAGGAUUAACGACUUCGAUGUCACCAAAAUUCUUAGGGAUGUGACAUCCUUGAAAGCCAGCGUGACUGAGCUGCAGAAAAAAUUGGAGGUGUCUAAUAGAACCGUAAGUGACUUGCGUGCCGAGGUGGUGCAAUUACGCAGCGCUGUUUCUGUAACUAAGUCACCUGAUAAAUCUCACGUGAACGCACAACGUAAAGCGCAAAAUGCUGCGACUAGCAGUCAGUCCGCGCUAAGUAGUGAGGCGCCAGCUGAAACUAAAAAAAUAUCACGGCGCACCGCCAGCACCCGCGCCACCACGCCGGCCGCGCCGCCGGAGCAGGAACCCGCACGUGUUAGCACGUUGACCGCAAAGCGUGCAGCAUAUGCAGAUAUCGCUGCCGCUAGACAAUCGGUAUCAACGCAGAAAAAUCAAGCUGCUCAAACAAAACUGGACCAAGCAAACCAGACGAGUUCGAAAAACGAUACAUGUAACAAUGACGGCUUCAUUAAGGUAGAACGGAAGAAGAAGAAAAAGCCUCUUUGUCGCAAUCAGUGUGGUACGGCGCCAAUAGACUCCGACUCACCUCUGUAUCCAGCAAAACCCAUGACGCAGCUGUACUUGUCCCGGCUGCAUUAUACAACGACCGUGGAGGACGUUGUGGAAUAUAUGUAUUCGAAGACAGGACGGCAAUAUAGAGUUGUGAUGUUGGAGUCGCGGUACAAUAUGAACCACAAGUCAUUCGUGGUGUGGGUUCAUACGCGUCAUCUUGAAAACUUCCUCGAUGAAAAGUUUUGGCCGAAGGGUGUUGUAUAUCGGCGUUUCCGUGGCCGGCUUCCCAACACCAGUCAGUUAGCGAAACACGACGCCACCUCUACGUCUACAGCCUGCAUUCAAAAGUCAAAAUGAUGUGAACUGUACUCAGAAUUUUAAUUCCAUUCCAGAUUUGACAAUUUCGGUGUGGCAACGUUAGAACACGUAAUAAAUAGUGACGUUGCGAAAUUAUUCGAUAUAAAAAUCGAAUAUUUCUGUAUCGAUUCCUCUCGUUUAUAAAUUUACUCUCGUAAACUAAAUUUAUCAGGAAAUAAAAUAUUUCUGAACCGAUAAUUUAGUUUUGACAAUUAAUUAACGAUCUGAGACUUUUCUUUUGUAAUUGUGUGUAUAAUUAAUAAAAAAUGUGAUCAUGAAGGAACAUGACAAAUAAAACAGACAUUUUAUAAAUUGUCGCCGUCAUCGCUAUCGCUAUCGCUGUUACUUUCUGUAACAUUUAUUAUGAAUUGUGUGUGUGAUUUUGAUUCUCAAUUAACAUAAUAUCUAGCUUACUAAUUUUUCCCUCUUCUUUGACAACAUGGGAUACGCAUUUAGACCAUUCGGUAGCCGUAAUUUUUUGAAUGCCUUCCUGAAACGAUUGACCGAUUGUUUAUCGAUUUUUAUGUUCA